AUGACUGAAAUUCAAAUACAAUUCAAAUAUAAUGAAACAAUUCGUAGUGCCAUAAUUGAUGAGCCAGUCACAUAUGAAGAAUUGGAGUAUGAAAUAAAGAACGAAAUUCCGAAGAUAAGAGACAUAGAAUUUGGCAUACAUGAAAACCACGAUGGUGAUUACGUCGUUUUGAAUAAAGAUCCCCGAUGUCUUCGCCUGGCAAUCACGUCUUCUUCAGUUGUUCCUGGGACGGAUUUAAAGCGAUUGAAAUUGCAAAUUUUCGUAGGACAUUCACCGUCACAACGAAAAGAAAGAGAUUUGGACAGCCCUAUUGCUAUUAAAUCGCCAUUAAAGAAACGGGUGUGCCCUGAUCCCAAAACCGCAACUAUUAGUGAGACCAGAUCCAGUAAAAAAUGUCUUUCUUUCGUAUCAAGAAUGGGUAAAACUCGCAACGACGAUGACCAACAUUUUAAACAAUCUGCUUCAACUACAAGUCGAUGUUCUGAGAAUGACACUGACAGUCAUAUCAGUACACCAUUUGAAAGAUACGUGAAAAAAUUGGAGGACCAAAUACCGGUCUAA